AAACAGCUUAGCUGUGACCCCCACCCCUAUCUUUCUCACUCCAUAUAUACUCACUUGUUCAUAUCGUAGGUGCCAUCACAUCUUAUAAUUCCUCAAACCCCACUUCACCACACUUGACACUAGUCAUGAAGAUCCAAUGCGACGUUUGUCACAAAUCCGAGGCCGUUGUGUAUUGCACCGCGGAUGAAGCCUCCCUUUGCUCCGCCUGCGACCACUGCGUCCACCAUGCCAACAAGCUCGCUAACAAACAUCUUCGUUUCUCGCUCAUUCAUCCGUCUUUCAAAGACUCCCCUCGCUGCGAUAUUUGUCAGGAGAGGAGAGCCUUUCUAUUUUGCAAAGAAGACCGAGCGAUUUUAUGCAGAGAAUGCGACAUUCCAAUUCACAAAGCGAGCGAACACACGAAGAAACACACGCGGUUUCUACUAACGGGAGUUAAGUUGUCGGCUUCGUUAUCCUGCUACGAUAAUUCAUUUCAGCAGACUCCGUCUUCAUCGAAUUCAAACGGGUCUGUUGAAAGCACAAAAGCUUUUGGCAGCUCAGCAGAUCAAAGAAGCGCUUCGGUUAACGAUAACUAUCCGUAUUCGAAUUAUAGUUUGAGUCAAGGAGAAAUGGAUCAGACAGGGAGUAUUUCAGAGUAUUUGACGGAAACGUUGCCGGGAUGGCAUGUUGAUCAGUUUCUUGAUUGUUAUGAGUUCGGCUUAUGACAAGCAUCUUGCUACUUAUGGCAUAUGAUCCUGACAGCCAUUGCCACUUUGGGAUUGUUUAUGGUCACUACUCACUAAUGGGCAUUUGUAUAUAUUCAUCAUCAAGAAAUUGUUUGUCAAAGGAACUCAUCAAUGAGGUCAACUAUUUGAUGUUUAAUGAGAUAGAUACACAAAAACCACAUGCCAUCAUGUUAAUUCUAGAAUCCCACUUUUGCACUUUUGGUUCUGUUUAUGGGGUAGGGGAGAGGGGUAUGCCCUUUUAUCCCUCUUAA